GAGAGUUCGUCAUGUGAUCGGUGCGAAGUAGGAGAAAGACAACAGGAAGAAGUGUGCGCAGACGGAAACAGAGACACAGACCCCUGAAGUUCCACCGGCCAAAAAAAAUGCGGUGUUUUGCUCUCUGUGGUCGAGCGUUAUGUUUGCUUUUGUGGGGGAGCGCGCUCGCGCUUAUCGGGCCCCUGAACCUGUCCGUCCUCGCCGCCGAGUCGAGCCAAACGAAGCCUCCGUCCUUUCUGUCUUUACAGGAGAAAGGAUUGGACGGAUUGGGAUAUUUUGAUUCUCUCGGUCUGGCCGCGAAAUUUCCAGGGGAUUUGGAGGUUACUGAAGACUGCCUGAAGCUACUUCAGGUCUUUGGUCAGCGAUAUGUGGACCUCGUGAACUGCCUGAUCUCCUCAGCUCGCCCUGUCGAGGUCUGUCAGAACUGUUACGGGGCUUACAGCAGCUUUAAUGAAACAUACUCCAAUAUAACCGACACGAUGGGGCCCAAAAACACCAGUUGCCAGGACAGCUUGAUGCAGUCUGAUAGGUUAAUGUUGCUGUACAACCUUUACAGCAGCUUAGAAGACAUCUGGGGAUCAGCUGAUUGCACCUCUUGUCUGACCAAAGAUCACAAGAGUCUGCUCAAUAGUACCCUUAACUUCAUAUCCAGCCAUAAUUCUACCCUGAGCUGCUUUGAAAAAUACCAGGGGAACCACAGUAAGCUGUGCACAGAGUGUAAGGUCACAUACAAAAGGCUUAACGAACUCUACAGUAACUUGGAGAAAAACGUCUCUCUCUGUAUUGAUAUAGAAGAUGCGAUGAAUGUGACACGGCGUUUGUGGAGCAAGUACUUUAACUGCUCGGUCCCACGUGAAGAGACGGUGCCAGUGAUUGCUGUGUCCAGUUUCAUGCUCUUCCUCCCAGUCAUCUUCUACUUGAGCAACUUCCUGCACUCGGAACAAAAGAAACGCAAGCUCAUACACCCCAAGAGAGCCAAGUCCAACCACAGCCUGAUGAACAUCCAGGACAAGUUCAGCUGAAUGGAGAAGGUAAAAGGAGAAGAAAAUGACGGUCUUCCGCUGUCCUUUCCCGCCAGGUCAACAGGCAUUUCCUGGAUGUGGGAUGAAUGGACAGCUCUCUUCAUAGGGGUGGACUUAAAAACAUCCUCCGUAUCUGAUUGACUUGAAGAAAACUGCUUAGCAAUAGCUAAAUGUGGCAUAUUUUUGAAGAUUUGAUUUUUUUCACUAAUUCUUUUGAUGCUCUUAUUUCACUGUCUUUUUUGUGAUCAGAAAACUAUUUUGGAUUGUUUGUGGGAAUAUAUUAUGAUGACUACUGUAUCAAUGGAGAUCUGUGGGAUUUGUGGCAUGUGAUUUGAGAGAGGGAGAGCUGACCACAGCUGUAAGCAUGCCUGGUUGGUUAUGCUGUUGUCCCACUGCAACCAAGAGAACGUUUUUAUUCCUCCUAACAGCUUUCAUUAUUUAUUUCCUUCAGGUAUGGUGGGGUACUCUUACAUAUAACACAGCAAUGGUACUGAAGCAAGCACUUGAUGUCCAUUAGUGAAGGACCCAUUAAUAAAUAUGUGGUGCAAGGUCAAAGGUGCAUGCAUGGAGUGAGGAGGAAAAAGCAAUGUCUGAAAUGAAAGGAGAAUGCACUCCACAAGAAGCUAAAGAACUAUACAGGUCACGUGCUGCUUUGGCCAGGGCUUUUUUUCCCCCCUUUUUGUACAGAAAAGUAACCAUCUCUACCCUCUCUGCUGCUAAUGCGUUGUGAAGUAACUAUGUGGUCAUGAUGUAGCGGCCUGACUGGUUAUUUGAGAGAGGAUAGAUGAGAUAUGUAAUAUAUAAAGGAAAGAGUUAGUUUCGCUGUGUUAUAUUUGUGAUUUUGUGCCUUCCCCAGAUCUACCAUUUCAAAGCUAUUUUUCGCAGAUCAAUAACAGUUUUCCAAAUGCAAAUAUUGUAAAUGCAUUGAGUUACAGACUGUUUGCUUUGUAGUCCACAUUCUCCACACAAAUGAAUCUCUGUGCUUUUCAUUUUGAUGCUGUGACAAAUGAGGUGUAAUUACUGCAACAAUGGCAUAAAGGAUCAUUUGAAUAA